UAUAUCAUACGUACCAGGAAGACAGGUAACUACGGGCGCUGACAUGCACCAGAAUUAGCCAGCAAGUGCAGCUAAACAGAAGAGGUUGGUGGUGCAAUUGAUAAACGGGUGUUAUGGAAGACGACGCGCCAGUUAUCUACGGGCUGGAAUUUCAGGCUCGUGCACUAACUGCUCAGACUGCAGAAACUGACACCAUCCGUUUUUUGGUGGGGACACAGUCUCUGAGAUAUGAUAACCAGAUUCACGUUAUAGAUUUUGAUGAUGAGAACAAUAUCAUUAAUAAAAACGUCCUGCUUCACCAUGCGGGGGAAAUCUGGCAGAUCAGUGCUAACCCGGCCGACAGAAAUGUGCUUGCGACCUGCUACAAUAAAAUUUCAGACAGUAAAGUCAUGACAUGUGCUGCUGUGUGGAGGAUACCAAAGGAGUUGGAGUCGGGCAGCCAUGAAUCCCCUGACGAUUCAUCAAGCAACGCCCAAUCCCUGGAGCUUCUCUGUCACCUUGACAACGCGGCCCAUGGCAAUAUGGCCUGCGUUACCUGGGAACCACUGGGAGAUGGAAAAAAACUGCUUUCCCUGGCUGACAACUACCUUAUGAUAUGGGAUUUACAAGAAAGCUCAACAAAGUCAGUGCUCUCGAGUUCCACGGCUUUGGAGGGCAAAGGGCAGCUGAGAUUUACCUGUGGGCGAUGGAGCCCUCAUCACAACUGUACACAGGUUGCCACAGCCAACGACACCUCCAUCCGAGGCUGGGACAUAAGAAGUAUGAGGCAGAUAUACUGCAUCGAGAAUGCUCACGGACAGCUGGUUCGAGACCUAGACUUCAACCCCAACAAACAGUACUACUUGGCCAGUUGCGGGGAUGACUGCAAAGUGAAGUUCUGGGACACCAGGAAUGUUCACGAGCCGGUGAAGACGCUAGAGGAGCACUCGCAUUGGGUGUGGAGUGUCCGAUACAACCAUUCCCAUGACCAGUUGGUCCUGACCGGAAGCAGUGACAGCAGAGUUAUCCUUUCCAACAUGGUAUCUAUUUCCUCUGAACCAUUCGGGCACCUGGUCGAUGAUGAAGAUUUGAGUGAUCAAGAGGAAGGCCAACAGGAAGAGAAAACAAAAGAGCCUCUUCAGGACAGUAUAAUCGCCACCUAUGAAGAACACGAAGACAGUGUGUAUGCAGUGGAAUGGUCCUCUGCCGACCCCUGGCUCUUUGCUUCUCUAAGUUAUGAUGGAAGGCUUGUUAUUAACAGAGUUCCAAGAGCACUCAAAUAUAACAUACUGUUGUAAUUUGUGUGCUUGCUUGUGUGAAAGUGAUGUCUCUACCAAACAAUUUACUGGUGUCUACAGACUUGAAAUAUGAAAUAUGUUAUUAUAUUUGUUUAUUAUGACCAUUAAACUAAAUGACCUGAUGUAA